UUGGGGCUUCCUGGCGGGCACGGAGCCCGCCUUGCGUGCCGACCCGAACGAGUAAUUCGGCGAGGAAUCUCGGAUUCCGCCGAGCUCCUGACACACCGCGCCCUCCGCCAACUUUAGCCGAGAGGGUGAUGCCCUCAACUUAACGUCAAAAAGUUUCCAUCUCCGCUGCUGUAAAGCAAACCCCACGGGCGGCGGAGGGAAAGAGAAGAGGAACGCCGGCGAGGAAUCGGUCUCGCCCCGCGGACCCCUCUCGGUUUCCUUAGCAGGCGCGGCGCCUGCUCGGCGCUUUCCAAGCCUGGCCUCUCCGUCGUGGGGGUCUCAGGCCCUGCCCGUCGUGCGCAGAAGGGCUGCGGAGGGCCCGCCUCCGGCAGGGAGACCCGGGAAGGGGCCCUCACUGCGCCCGGACUGCCGGGAACCCGGCGCGCUCUGACGCCCGGGGCGCGCGGGAGGCGAGCUGCGUUGCCGGGCGAUUGACCCCGGCGACCUGGCGCCUACUGCCGAACUCGGAGCGGGUGGUGGCUGUGCGUAAGGGGGCGGUGAGCGGCAGGACCCGCUGAGGCCGAAGAGGGCGAGGGCCAACGCUUGGGAGGUUAGGUUAUCUGUUGACGUACGGACACCAUUUUUUUGAAGGCAGGAUGGUGACGUUCUAACCAGUAGCAGGGACUUGCUGCCUCGCGGGUCUCGAAGGGGCCCGCAGAGCGCGUCUGCCCGAAGGCUCAGGGGUGAGCGCGCCGGCUGUCCCGGCGCCUCUCACGCUAUGCCGCGUGCAAGCAAGGAAGCGCGCGUCGUGACGACAGGCGAUGAGAUCAGUCUGAAUUACCACAGCGUCGGGGCUGGGGAGUGCAGCCUGUCACGCAGCCGCUGCCGGGCCCCGGCGCCGGCUCUGCCCUGGUGGCCGUGGCUGCGGCCGCCCCGCGCGCAGGCUCCGGCAGAGGGAGCUGGGGGUGAAUCAGCCCCUUCCCGGCGGUCGCCGGGGGAGCGUCGCAACUCUCAAGGGGGUGGGGAGCCCGAGAAGAAAACCGUGCAAAAUGCAACUUGCACAGUUCGGGGACUGGAUCCUAUGAGCAAACCCGGUUGGCACACUAAAAAUUACUUCUGUGAAUCAGUGUCUUACACUGUGCCCAGUAGGUAACUGUCUAAAAACCACUGUAACACGGAACUCAAGGGUCAUUAAAAUGUGCCUUUAAUUUGUUUAUAUUACUUCGUUUAACGGGCACGGCUUGCACAUGCAUGCAUGAAAUUUAUACAGUCAAGUCUGGAGGCAUGGUUUGGCAAGAGGAACGAUUGCGAAUUCAGUUAGGAUACAAACAGUAAGAUUACUUAAAAGGACAAAUGAACUGAAAAAAAAUUCAGACCAUGACACAAGGAAGCCAUUACAUUCAUCUUUUCAUGGUCUUGAACAUCUUGUACCAACUCAACUAUAAUA